CCUCCCCUUCAGGCUUGCACAGGUGUACCAGGUCCUCCCCUCCAGUCUUGCACAGGUGUACAGGCUCCUCCCCUUCAGUCUUGCACAGGUGUAGCGGCUCCUCCCCUUCAGUCUUGCACAGGUGUACCGGCUCCUCCCCUUCAGUCUUGCACAGGUGUACCGGCUCCUCCCCUUCAGUCUUGCACAGGUAUACCGGCUCCUCCCCUCCAGUCUUGCACAGGUGUACAGGCUCCUCCCCUUCAGUCUUGCACAGGUGUACCAGCUCCUCCCCUUCAGUCUUGCACAAGUGUACCGGCUCCUCCCAUUCAGUCUUGCACAGGGUGUACUGGCUCCUCCCCUUCAGUCUUGCACAGGUGUAGCGGCUCCUCCCCUUCAGUCUUGCACAAGUGUACUGGCUCCUCCCCUUCAGUCUAGCACAGGUGUACCGGCUCCUCCCCUCCAGUCUU